AUGUGUUCCACCAGCGCCCUCGGCACCUGCAGCACCAGCACCCUCAGCACCUGUACCAUCAGCACCCUCGGCACCUGCAGCACCAGCACCCUCAGCAUCUGCACCACCAGCACUCUCGGCACCUGCUCCACCAGCACCCUCGGCACCUGCACCACUAGCACACCUGGCUCCUGCAUCAUAAGCACACCUGGUACCUGCACGACCAGCACCCUCGGCACUUGCACCACCAGCACCCUCGGCACCUGCACCACCAGCACGCAUGGUACCUGCACGACCAGCACCCUCGGCACUUGCACCACCAGAAUCCUCGGCACCUGCACCACCAGCACCCUCGACACCUGCACCACCAGCAUCCUCAGCACCUGCACCACCAGCACCAUCGGCACCUGCACAAACACCCUCGGCACCUGCACCACCAGCACCCUCGACACCUGCUCCACCAGCACCCUCGGCACCUGCACCAGCAGCACCCUCAGCACCUGCACCACCAGCACCCGCGCACCCUCGACACUUGCAUUACCUGCACCCUCGGGAUCUGCACCACCAGCACCCUCGGUACUUCCACCACCAGCACCCUCGGCACCUGCACCACCAGCACCCUCGGCACCUGCAUCACUACCACCCUCGGUAUCUGCACCACCAGCACCCUCGGCACCUGCACCCUUCGGCACCUGCACCACUAGCACACUUGGCACCUACAACACCAGGACCUUCGGCAACAACUCCACCAGCACUCUCGGCACCUGCUCCUCUAGCAACCUCGCAACUGCAUUACCAGCACCCUCGGCACCUGCACCACCAAAACCCUCGGCACCUGCACCACCAGCACACCUAGGACCUGCACUACCAGCACACCUAGCACCUGCACCACCAACACCCUCGGCACUUGCAUUACCAGCACCCUCGGGAUCUGCACCACCGGCACGCUCGGCACUUGCACCACCAGCACCCUCGGCACCUGCACCACCAGCACCCUCGGCACCUGCAUCACUACCAUCCUCGGUAUCUGCACCACCAGCACCCUCGGCACCUGCAACCUUCGGCACCUGCACCACCACCACACCUGGCACCUACAACACUAGAACCUUCGGCAAAACCCCAACCAGCACUCUCGGCACCUGCACCACCAGCACCCUCGGCACCUGCACUACCAGCACCCUCUGUACCUGCACCACCAGCACCCUCGGCAUCUGCACUAUCAGCACCCCGGCACCUGCACCACCAACACCCUCGGCACCUGCACCACCAGCACCCUCGGCACCUGCACCACAAGCACACUCGGUACCUGCACCACCAGCAUCCUCAGCACCUGCACCACCAGCACCCUCGGCACCUGCACCACCAAAACCCUCAGCACCUGCACCACCAGCACACCUAGCACCUGCACCACCAGCACGCUCGUCACCUGCACUACCUGCACUUUCGGCACCUGCACCACCAGCACCCUCGGCACCCGCACUCCUUGGCACCUGAACCACCAGCACGCCUGGCACCUACAACUCCAGAACCUUCGACAACUGCUCCACCAGCACCCUCGGCACCUGCACCACUAGCACACCUGGCUCCUGCACCACCAGCACACCUGGUACCUGCACGACCAGCACCCUCGGCACUUGCAC